GGCGGCGGUUCUGGAGGGCGGCCGCUAUAGGUAGCGGCCGAUAUGGGCCUAAUUCCUUCACAGCCCCUCCCGUUUUUUCACAAGUUGACAAGAUGAAGAUUUCUCUAGUUCUCGUUGCAGUUGCUCUAUUUGUUGCUGGAGCUAACGCUCUUAAAUGCUAUUCGUGUGAUGAUUGCGAUAAAGCUACUAACAGCAUUGAAUGCCCAAUGGGAAGUGAUCGAUGUGGACUACAAGUGCUGAAAGGAAAAAAGACUCGUGAUUGUACUGCAAAAUUAAUUUGCGAUAAGGUGUCCCCAAAAUGUGAAUCGGACACACAAGACAACUGCUCAACAUGCUGUGAUAGUGAUGACUGCAACUCAGUUGGCAUCGCUAGCUUCAAUACAUUGACCAUGAUCACUGUUUUGCUCCUCAGUCUCUUGUUCAUGAAGCAGUAGCAAUUAUAGCAGGCCUAGAGACAUCCUCACUUUUUUACCUAUUCGUACCUGCUGAAAUUACAUAAUUUCACAGGCCUACCGUACUCGUAUUACCGUUUUUAGAGUGUUAGCUAUAGAAAUAAACAUUGGAUGUCUUUAAAAUGGACUUUCAAACCAUUUUUUAUUGUUUUUAUAUAAGUUUUUUACUCAGUAGUUUUUAUAAAUGCCAAUACUGUAGUAAAAUACAGAGCUGGGGCACAGUAUGCAACACGCUAGCUGGCCAGUAAAUAAUGCUUUUAUCAAAAUGACAAGGGUAUCUGUUAAGGCGUGUGCCAUUGUUUUUUAAGCUUAAAAUUCUUUAUAUUUAUAAAUUACAUGAAUUAUAUGUUCUUAAAUUUCUUUUUGAUAUUUAUCACGGAAGAACAUCCCAUUCUACUAGCGAUUACUUUCAAAAUAUCAAUCACUCAUAUAAUACUGGAUUUAACAAUACUAUUAAUUUUUCCUUGCCCAAACCUCGUAUCAGUUCAGGCCAACACAGAAUUUCAUUUUAUGGUGUUAAAUUAUGGAAUGGUCUCUCCUUAGUUACUAGAAAUAUUACUUAUAGAAAUCAUUUUAUUGCAGCAGUUAAAGAAAAAUUAUUUUUAAAUAUUAUUUCAGAUCCACUUAAUUCAACUUAUCACAUAUAUACAUAAAUUUUAAUUUUAUAAUUAAUUUGCUUCCGUUAUUGUUCGUCCAAAUUGAUUUAUUCAACUUAUUGUAAAUCUAGAAUAUUUGGUUUGUAUUGUUUUUCAUCAAGGAGGUGUUAAGCUUUGAUUAGUUUCAUUUAACUAUAACUUAUCACCUUUUGUCAAUUAUGUUAUUAUUAUAAAUAUUGUUGUUGACAAUAAAGUUGAACUUAUAAUGUAAGUUAAUGGUUAGCUGGUUUGAUAGACACACUGCAUUUUGAAUAAUUCUGUAGUAUUAGUAUUCCCAUGUACUUAUGCAAAUAUGUAAUCUGACAUAUAAUAAAUAUUGUUAGAAUCAUUA